GCGAGCAGAGCUCGACCGGCCAGGCUUCCACCAUGGACAGAGGCCAGCCCUGGCCCCUCUCAGGCAUCCCAGCUCUGCCUGCCAGGCCCUGAAGGCACAAGGGAUGGUUGAGUGUUGUCUGAGGUCUGUUGGUUCAUCCAGAUUGGGCUCCCUGAGGCCGCCAGGAAGAGCCCCUAACCAACCCCAGGAUUCUCGCCUGGUGCAGUUGUCCAGGACCUCUGAGAGUCUAAGCAGAUCGUGAAGAGAUAGCUGAGAUGCCCUGUAUCCAAGCCCAAUAUGGGACACCAGCACCGAGCCCAGGAUCCCGUGACCACCUGGCAAGCGACCCCCUGACCCCCGAGCUCAGCAAGCCCACCAUGGACCUGGCCAGCCCUGAGGCAGCCCCCACUGCCCCCACUGCCCUGCCUAGCUUCAGCACCUUCAUGGAUGGCUACACAGGGGAGUUUGACACCUUCCUCUACCAGCUGCCGGGAACAGCCCAGCCAUGUUCCUCGGCCUCCUCUUCGGCCUCCUCCACAUCCUCAUCCUCAGCCACCUCCCCUGCCUCUGCUUCUUUCAAGUUUGAGGACUUCCAGGUGUACGGCUGCUAUCCUGGCCCGUUGAGCGCCCCCCUGGAUGAGACCCUGUCCUCCAGUGGCUCCGACUACUAUGGCAGCCCCUGCUCAGCACCGUCGCCGUCCACGCCCAGCUUCCAGCCGCCCCAGCUGUCUCCCUGGGACGGCUCAUUCGGCCCCUUCUCACCCAGCCAGACGUAUGAAGGCCUGCGGGCAUGGACAGAGCAGCUGCCCAAGGCUUCUGGGCACCCCCAGCCACCGGCCUUCUUUUCCUUCAGCCCCCCCGCCGGCCCCAGCCCCAGCCUUGUCCAAAGCCCCUUGAAGCUAUUCCCCACACAGGCCCCCUGCCAGCUGGGGGAGAGAGAGAGUUAUUCCAUGUCGGCGGCUUUCCCAGGCCUGGCGCCCACUUCUCCACACCUGGAUGGCCCAGGGAUGCUGGAUGUACCUGUGCCCUCUGCCAAGGCCCGGAGCGGGGCUCCGGGUGGAAGCGAGGGCCGCUGUGCCGUGUGUGGGGACAAUGCUUCGUGCCAGCAUUAUGGUGUCCGCACCUGCGAGGGCUGCAAGGGCUUCUUCAAGCGCACAGUGCAGAAAAACGCCAAGUACAUCUGCCUGGCUAACAAGGACUGCCCUGUGGACAAGAGGCGGCGAAACCGCUGCCAGUUCUGCCGCUUCCAGAAGUGCCUGGCCGUAGGCAUGGUGAAGGAAGUUGUCCGGACAGACAGCCUGAAGGGACGGCGGGGGCGGCUCCCUUCAAAGCCCAAGCAGCCCCCAGAUGCCUCUCCUGCCAACCUCCUCACCUCCCUGGUCAGGGCGCACCUGGACUCGGGGCCCAGCACUGCCAAACUGGAUUACUCCAAGUUCCAGGAGCUGGUGCUGCCCCACUUUGGGAAGGAAGAUGCUGGGGAUGUGCAGCAGUUCUAUGACCUGCUUUCGAGUUCCCUGGAGGUUAUCCGCAAGUGGGCCGAGAAGAUCCCCGGCUUUGCUGAGCUGUCCCCGGGCGACCAGGACCUGCUGCUGGAGUCAGCCUUCCUGGAACUCUUCAUCCUCCGCCUGGCCUACCGGUCCAAGCCUGCCGAGGGGAAACUCAUCUUCUGCUCAGGCCUGGUGCUGCACCGGCUCCAGUGCGCCCCUGGCUUUGGCGACUGGAUCGACAGCAUCCUGGCCUUCUCUCGGUCCCUGCACGGCUUGGUGGUCGACGUCCCUGCCUUCGCCUGCCUCUCUGCACUCGUCCUCAUCACGGACCGGCACGGGCUGCAGGAGCCCCGGCGGGUGGAGGAACUUCAGAACCGCAUUGCCAGCUGCCUGAAGGAGCACGUCUCAGCCGUGGCGGGCGAGCCCCAGCCAGCCAGCUGCCUGUCACGCCUGCUGGGCAAGCUGCCCGAGCUUCGGACCCUGUGCACCCAGGGCCUGCAACGCAUCUUCUACCUCAAGCUGGAGGACCUGGUGCCCCCUCCACCUAUCGUCGACAAGAUCUUUAUGGACACGCUGCCCUUCUGACCCCAGCCCAGGAACACACGUGCACCGUGCGUGCACCCUCCUACGCCACCCCACGUGCCUUUAGCCCACGGACCCUCGGAGCACCCCCACCCUGGCCUGGCCUUGAGCUGCAGACUGGCCAGCCUCCCCACUCGCUCUGGGUGGUUGGCAGGGAGCUGACGCCCUGGGGGAGGGGGAUGCACUCACGGGGGUGACCCCUACUAUUUGUCUUACCCCCUAGCCCAGCCCCGGCCUUCAUGUUUUUGUAAGAUAAACCGUUUUUAACACACACCGCUGUGCUGUAAAUAAGCCGAAUGCUGCUGUAAAUACAGGAAGGAAGAGGCUGCGUUGGGAGAGGGGGUUCGGGAGGGAGCGGCGGCCCCCACCAGCCUGGGCGAGCCCUUUCCCGCCUCCUUGCACCUGCUCUCUCUCCUCGCCCUCUUUUCCACAUGUACAGAAACUUACUCUAGGAAGAAGACAAAUGACAGAUUCUGACAUUUAUAUUUGUGUAUUUUCCUGGAUUUAUAGUAUGUGACUUUUCUGAUUAAUAUAUUUAAUAUAUUGAAUAAAAAAUAGACAUGUAGCUGAAA